GCGACCGUAAAUAGAGCGGCUUCGGAGCCCUGCGGCGGCUGGUGGGAGAUGGGGAGGAACAGGCGGGGAGGUGGUGCUGGCUCAACCGCGGCUCCUCCGCAAGGCCGCGCGGCCCCACAGCGGCGGGGGAACGCUGAGGGGCGAGGCGGAAUUAAGAGGAAAUAAAACCGGGAUGAUGUGGGAAUAAAGCCGGGAUGAUGUGGGAAUAAAGCCGGGCGAGGCGGGUUUGCUCCCCCGGGUUUUGGGGAGGGGGAGCUGCGGGCCCGAGGCCUUCCCUCAGCGCUGUCCCCUCUGCAAACCGGCGAUCCCAGCUCAAAUAUUUCCUAAAUCUCCUCAAUUUUUCACAUCAAAACUCCUUUUUUCCUGUUGUAGCAACGCGUCCGAAGGGCAUUUCUAACGUAAUUCCCUAAAGGAACUUCAGGAGCUGAGUAACUCUGAUGCAGCCGGGCUCAGUUCCUCCGGAGGUUGUUAAAAACUACGCGAAUCCGCCAAUUUUUGCUGUUUUUUCCCUUAUUUUUUAAAGGUUUUUCCUCUUGGAGGUUGUUAAAACAACGCGAUUCUGUGAAUUUUUGCGGUGUUUUUCUUAUUUUUUAAAGGUUCUGUUUCUGAGGUCGAUUUUUGUUAUGGAAACACCAAAAAGAAAAUUUAUUGUUGUUGUUAAAGGGAUCAAAGCCUCAGGUUAAUCCCAGAAUUGCACUCAAGGUUGCAUUUCCUAAAUAAAUUACAGCUGUAAAAAAUAGAAAUAAAUAAAAUAAAGGAUGUUAGGGUUGAAUUUGGGCACAGCUGAAGCAGAGCAGGAAGAAUUUUCAAUUUAAAACUUCCUGGUGCUGUCAUUUCCCAGCUUUAAUAACAUUUUUCAAUGUGAAAAUCGAAAUUUUUUUUGACAAAAUCGAAUUUUUUUUUUUUGUAUUUAAGAAAAGAUUCCCAUGAGGGAGAGGAAUAAGGAAAUUUUCAUAGGAAAUUGCUGCCAGGCUUUGAGGUUGAGCUCAGAAAUACAAAAAAAUUAAAUUAAAUUUAUUUUAAUUAUUGCUGUUUUAUUCAAGAGGGAAAGGAGCAGCUUCCUUUGGUUUGGGGUUGAUUUUUGAUGAGAAAAAAUGGAUAAAAAAUGGCCAAAAAAGGGUUAAAAUGUGAAAUUCCUGCUGCUUUUCCUUCUUUGCCACCUGAUAAACAGGAAAUGAAUCAUCCAAGGAAUUCAAGGCACAAAUGAAGCAGCAGGAGAAAUUUUUUUUAAGGAAAUUUGAGAGUUUAAAAUCCAAGAAUUCCUCACAGGGAAAUGCAGGAAAACUUCUUUAUUUUCCCUUUAAAAAUAUAAAAGUUGUGUUGUUUUUUUGGCCUGGUUUUUGCUGCUGCAUUUUUAAUUUAUUUGAUUUUUUUUUUACAAAAAUUUUCAUGAAUUCUGAACAAAAAACUGUUUAAAAUUUUACAUUAACUUGAAUUCAUUCAAAACCUACUGAGUGCACCAGAGUUACUCAUUUAUAUUCAGAUUUUUUUUUUAAUUUACCAGUUUAAAAUCUGACAAAAAAAUGUUUUUUUAAUGAACCUUUUUAAUAAUUAAAUCACUUUAAUGAAGUUUAAAGGUUUUGGGUGGGUUUGGUUGAUUCUUUUUCUGUUGUUGUUGUUUUAUUUUCAAGGUUUUAUUCCAAUUUAAACAAGACCCACAUUGAAAUAUGGAAAAAUGAAGGCAAAAAAUGAUUUAUUUUUAAAUAUAUUUCAAUCUGAAGGGAUUUUCUUUCCCUCAGGGUGUUGGAUGUAGAAAUAUUGAAUUUUAAAUGUGGAAAUUCCUGCUUUGGGUUGGAAUUUUUGCUUUUCUCACCCCUCACUCACAGGAUUUCAGCAAACUGAAGAAAUUCAGGUUGAAAUUGGAUUUUAAUUCCUUGGGAAAAGUUGAAUUUCCACCAAAAAGGAGCUCCAGGAGUUUUUUAGGAUUGAAUUCCAUGAGGCAAAAUUUGAUUUUUUGAAUCUUCAAAAUUGAAUUUGAACCCCUGCACUUAAAUCCUGAUUUAUUUUUAUUCCCUUUCCAAUCACUUAAAAAACCCUAAAAACCAAUAAUGAAUAUGAAAACCCAACUUUUCCUCUCUUUAUUUUAGAUUUGAGAAAAUUCCUUGGCCAAAAAAAAAAAUUAAAAAAUCGUGGAAAAAUUCACAAAAUUUCCUUUGUGAGAGGGAACUGCAUGGCUGCCAAGGACACAGGCUGGGCUCAGCGUGGCCAGGGUUACUUUUAGACAGAGCUGGCAGAGCUGAGCUUGGAGCAAACCCUGAGUAGCGAGUGAGGAUCCCAGCAUGUCCAGCCAGGGCGAUGACUGCUACUUCUACUUCUACUCCACCUGCAACAAGGGUGACUCGUGCUCGUUCCGGCACUGCGAGGCGGCGCUGGGCAGCGAGACCGUGUGCACGCUGUGGCAGGAGGGGCGCUGCUUCCGCAACGUCUGCAGGUUCAGGCACAUGGAGAUCGAUAAAAAGCGCAGUGAGAUCGCCUGUUACUGGGAGAAGCAGCCUGGGGGCUGCCAGAAGCACAACUGUGCCUUCCACCACACCAAGGGCCGAUUCGUGGAUGGGCUCUUCCUGCCCCCCAGCAAAACCUCCCUUGCCAGCGCCCCCGAGGCUGCCGAGGACGAGGGGAACAAACUGGGGGCCCAGCCCAGCCCGUGCCCGCAGCUGCGGGGGCUGAUGAAGGCCGAGAGCUCCGAGAGCGUUCCCAGCCCCACCCACCCCCCUGUGGUCAUCAACGCUGCGGACGAUGAUGAGGAUGAUGAUGACCAACUCUCUGAAGAAGGAGAAGAAACCAAAGCCCCGGCGCAGCCUCCGGCCCCAGAGAGCCACAACGGGCUCAGGGUGGUUUCCACCAGGAAACCCAACCCCAGUGCAAAACCAGAUGACAACUUAAAUUUUGGAAUCAAAACCUUGGAAGAGAUCAAACUGAAAAAACUCAAGGAAAAAGCCAAAAAACAAGGUGAAGGUCCUUCAGGAGUGGAUUCUCUCCAAACCAGGAAUAUUCCUGUGCCAGAAAAGGAAAAUGUCAGGACAGUGCUGAGAACUGUGACCCUCUCCUCCAAAGAAGGGGAGGACCCCGUGAUCCAGCUGAACCUUCCUGACAGACUGGGGAAAAGGAAAACCCUCAUGGGCGGGAAGGCGGCGCUGCCCCUGAGGAGGAGCGUGGCCGACAGGCUGGGCAGGAGGGCGGAGCUGCAGCACGGCACGGACAGGGCACCCAGGAGAGGCACAGUUCAAGUGCUGAAGUCCCUGAAGGAGAGGCUGGGGCUGCCCUCUGAGCAGAGCAGCACUGAGACAGACAAAGCUGCCAAACCCAUCGAGGAGAUCAGAGUGAAAACCCUGGAGGAAAUCCGCCUGGAGAGAGCCAAGCAGAGGAGAGCAGGAGAGCCCCCAGCCAAAAUCCCAGCAGAGGGAAGGAAAACUGAAGAACCAAAUUCAGCAGCCAAACCUUCCCCUGCUGCUCGCAGCAAAUCCCUGAUGGGAGCCUUGGUGGAAAAAAACCACAAAAGGUUGGGAGAGGAGAAGGAGAAAGCUGAGGAGUUGAGCAGCAGGGCCAGAAGCGAGGGAGAUGCCAGGAGACAGAACCUCGGUGCCCCAGCCGCUGGCAGGGUGCAGCUGGCACAGGCUGGCAGGGCCAGGGGAGCUGCAGAGGUUCGGAUCAAAACCCUGGAGGAGAUCAAGAGGGAGAAGGCGCUGAGGCUGCAGCAGAGCGGGGAGAACGUGCCGGGCACCCCCGGCCCUGCCCAGGCUGCUGGCAGGGGCAGGAAACUGCUGAGGGUCACCAAGGUGCUGGCACCUGGAAGAGAAGAAAAAAUGAUUGUGGAGCUGAACAAACCUUCUGCCAAAAGUGGCUCUGCCCCUGCUGAGAAUUCAGGGAAUUCUGGAAUUCAGGUGAAGAGCCUGGAGGAAAUCAUGUGGGAGAAACGGCAGCAGAAGCAGCGGCAGGAGGAGAAGCUGCAGCAGGGAGCUGGGGCAAACCCGGCUGAAAUCCAGGAAAAAAACCAGGAUAAAAAUAAAAACCAGGAAAAACCCUCAGGAUCAGGGAGCCCCGAGGCUGCUGUGGGCUCAGCCCAGCUGGGCAGGAGGAGAGGAGGGAAAAGCGGCGAGGAUGGAGCGGGAACUGCAGAGAAGGAGCCGGGGAAAAAGGGAGCUCAGCUGCCCGAGAGGAGGGGCAGAGCCAAGCCCAGGGUGUCCCUGGACGCCAGAGCCCCUCCCAAGCAGCCCCUGAAGAGGAAGGGCCCCGAGUGCCCCCCGCCUGCUGUGGUGGCAGUGAAGCCUCUCAGUGCCACCAGCGGGCACAGCCCGGGCUGCCCAGCCAAGGUUGUUCCCACUUCUCCUGAGGUCAGCCUGGGCUCCAACCCUCGGAGGGAGAAUUCCCAGAACAGCCCUGAGCUGCAGCCUGGCACCCAGGGCGAUUCCAUGGCACAGUCAGAGGUGUCUGGAUCUUCCUCCUCAUCCUCCUCAUCCUCUUCAUCCUCCUCAUCCUCCUCCUCGCUGGAGGCUCCCCUGAAGCUGCGGCGCCUGAGCUCGGCCGGCGGCGCCAAGGCCGCGCUGUCGGUGGAGGACGACUUUGAGAAACUCAUCUGGGAAAUCUCUGGGGGAAAACUGGAGGCAGAAAUCGACCUGGAUCCAGGCAAGGAUGAGGAUGCUCUGCUGCUGGAACUGUCUGAGAUGAUUGACAGCUGAGAGGGGAGGUUUUGUUGGAAAAAAAAAAGGAAAAAAGACGCGACACCAAAAAAAAAAAACCACCCUGAAAAAGCAACAUUUUGUCCUCACCUCCCACAAAAAUCCUGUAAAUGUUGUUGGAUCUGUGGAGGAGACCCUGCCCCAGCUGGAAGCACAGUUGGAUUGUUUAGGAUUAGGCAGAGUCUGCUCUCUGUUAUCCCAAAAUUCCGGGCUGAGUUUGUCCCCCCACGGGACAGGACAGAGCACUUGGAACGCCCUGAGGGGCCACAGAUCCCAUCUCCAGAGCUCCCUCCUGCACAGAAAAUCCCCAAAAAAUCCCUGGAGUUACUGUGUCAACUCUGGGAGCCACGGAUGGACUCGCAUUUGGGGGGAAUUCAGGGAAAAAGAGGCAAAAUCUGAGCAGGAUUUUGGACCAAAGCCUGCCAGGGUGAGCCUGGCUUGUGGGAUUUUUUCCAUGGGGGAAAGCAAAAAUUCCUCCUGGGAUUUGGGAAAAGGAACAUUGCUUCAAGUGCCUCUGGGUUCUGAGGAUUUCUCCCUGCAAUGAACUUCUCACAUCCAGCUGGGAUCAUUUUGGGAGGGGAAAAAAGAAAAAGCACCUGGAAUGUUCCCUCUUGGCUGCUUCCCUCUUUUCCAGCCCUUUGGAGAUGGGAUUGAGUGAAAUCCCCGUGGGGUUUUUCUUUUUUUUUUUUCAAUUUGUUUUGAGAUUUGUUUUUGUUUUUUCUGUAAAUAUUUUAUUCUUCCAUUUUAUAUUUGUAUGAUUCUAUUUAAGGGAUUAAAGGUAGGCUGCUCACUG